AUGCAUGCGUACACGCACACGCAGAGGCUUGUACAACAGCUUGUGUACAACAUGCACGCAUGCCAGUUCCUCCCGGAGGCCUCCACAGGGGCCCGGCCCGAGGGGCAGCAGAGGUGCCGCUGCUUCCAGGAGUCCUUGGGUAGACUUGAGGUCCUCGUCAAGCUGGCCACGACUGCAUUGGUCAAGGUGGGCUCCUUGACAGAGGUGGUCGUCAGCUGCUUGGAGGGCAGCGGGUGGGUGAGAGCAGGGGAGGGCGCUCCAGGCACAGGGACAACAGGCAAAGGUUUCAGGAGCGAGAAGCGUGGUCAAGAUGGGCCUCGAGAUGGGGGCUUGACCUCAAGCCCGAAUCAGAACCGCGUCCUGGCCCCGGGGCACUGCCGCCGAGAGGCAUCCCGGAGGGCACUGCGCCGACCCCGCGCGCGGGGCAACCUGCGGGCGGGGGUGUACGGACUGCCGAAGACGCACGUGCACACGCACGGCGACCUGGGCGCCACCCGGACCCCGCGCUCGCGGAUCCCGCAGUCCAGUCGCCAGCUCCCGGCUCGGCGCAGGAAGACGCGCGCGUCGCGGGGCUUCCUGCUGGUGCUCGAGCGGCCGGAGCCGGCCCAGGACCUCUUCGACUUCAUCACGGAGCGCGGCGCGCUCGACGAGCCCCUGGCGCGGCGCUUCUUCGCGCAGGUGCUGGCCGCCGUGCGCCACUGCCACGCCUGCGGGGUGGUGCACCGCGACAUCAAGGACGAGAACCUGCUGGUGGACCUGCGCUCGGGCGAGCUCAAGCUCAUCGACUUCGGCUCGGGCGCGCUGCUCAAGGACACGGUCUACACGGACUUCGACGGCACGCGGGUGUACAGCCCGCCGGAGUGGAUCCGCUGUCACCGCUACCACGGGCGGUCAGCCACCGUGUGGUCUCUGGGCGUGCUGCUCUAUGACAUGGUGUGCGGGGACAUCCCCUUUGAGCAGGACGAGGAGAUUCUGCGCGGCCGCCUUUUCUUCCGGAGGAGGGUUUCCCCAGAGUGCCAGCAGCUCAUUCAGUGGUGUCUCUCCUUGCGGCCGUCAGAGCGGCCCUCUCUGGACCAGAUCUCCACUCAUCCCUGGAUGCUGGGGGCAGACGGGGUCACCCCACAGAGCUGUGACCUGCGGCUGUGCACCCUGGACACGGGUGAUGGGUCCAGCACCACCUCCAGCAGCGAGAGCUUGUGAGGAGGGACCUGUACCUGGCUUCUGGGAGCCAGAGGGACCACCUGCCCCAGCCCAGCCCUUGGCGGGGCCAUCCUGCCAGGGCAUCUGCUCCUUGAGAGAGCAGUGACCUCUCAUCCCUGGUGACCUUUGCCACCGGGCGUGUUUCCUUUGCUUUGAGUGCCUUUUCGAACGCUGCUCUCACGGGACUUGGUUUUCUCAAGCUCUGUCUGUCCAAAGACCUCUGGUCCAAGCAAGGUCUCGUCUGCCCUGGGCGGGUGCUUGACCCUGAGACUGUCCUUGUCCUGUGCUUCCGGGAGGCGGCCCUGCCGGUCCCCAGCGCCUCCCCGUCUGACCUGGUUGGACCAGGAGCACUCCCGUGUCCUGUGGCCUCAUCUCACCAGGGCACAGGGCUCUCGUGCCCAUCCCCUGCCUCACCCUCGUCCCUCGGUGUUCGUCGGGCAUGUCUGUGCACAAGCAAUGCAACGUCCAGGCCUCUGCCGCCCACGCUCGCCACGCCGUGCGUGUGUGCGUGCACCGUCUAUUUAUGGUGUGAACCCCCGCGGAGGGCUAUUUAUUGUUUAAUUUAUUUGUCAAGGUCCUUCCCGGCAGCCCUGCUCCUCCAGGCCCCCUGGGUUUGGGGAGCAGGGAGGCUGUGUGUGGACCCCGGUCCUGCCCCGUCUGUGUCUGUGGAGGAUGGAUUUGUAUAGGGGCUAACUUAAGGGGAGUGGGUGACGGCCACUUUGGGGCUCUGCGCCCCGGGGGCUGGGUUUUAAAUUAUUGAUCUUGUACAGUCUGCUUGUUGGCUCUGGGGGGUGGGGCGGAGUCUCGAGCCUUUAAUUUAUUUCAGCAGCCGCGUGUCUGUGGUCCCGGUGUGCGGGCAUCGGGGGCGGGGGCUUCUUUCAGUUCAAGAGCGAGAUGUCUGGAGAUCAUAUUUUUUUAUACAGGUAUUUCAAUUAAAUUGUUUUGUAUAUAAUA